ACUCAAAUCCCGUUCGAUAGCUCCCACUCGUCAAAAAUCUCCCCUCAUCCCAACUCAGGCAAGAUGUAUCCUACGCGAGCUCUUAGAAUGAUGCCCACGAGACGCAUGAUGCGUGCUCCUCCUACCGAAGACCAGGCCGGCCACACCGUCUCCCAGCGUCUGCGAAAGCUCCGUAAAAUCCCAGCCGAAUUGAUCCCUCUCGGCGUCGUCGUUGGAUUCGCUCUCAUGGCUGCUGGCUACUCGAGCUUCCGCAAGUUCUCGGUUGACAAGACUCUGCGACUCCAACGCCAGAACCGAGUCGCCGAGGCUGCUUCCGAAGAGCACCACUAAAUGGCACGACAAGUAAAAGAAGGGUCGCGGAGCGUCAUUGUGUUUGGGGGAAAUCCAGAGCAUUGUACAUGUUAUUCACCAGUGUGUAGCGCCAGGAGAUACGGAAGGCAAACCAUGCAUGGUACAGAUCUCAUCAGUCCUUUUGUUCCCUCAGAUCCAUGUCCUGUGGUCUGAAACCCGUGUCGAAUCGGCCAGUAGCCAACGCCAUCGCUAUGCUAUUAAGACAAAUAAAGGGACCUAGGAACCAUGUUUAUUGUGGUUUCGGUCCAGCCACAUCAAGUCCCUCCAGUCCUUGCAUGGGAUCCUCCGGCGGCUCGCCAGCUCGACUUCUGGCUGCCUCAGUCGCAAGUCGAUCUUCGUCACUGACGGCAUGUUCUGCGAGCCAUCCCUCCUGUAUAUAGAGUUAGACAGAAUCUCCAGUUGCUACGAAGUUGUGUCCUCUUACCUGAGCCCAGACGGCGGUCUUG